GCUUCAGGACCAGCGGCGGUGAAUGGAUAAUCUCUGCAGCCGCAGUGGCUUAGACCCACUCUGGGACUGGAACCAGACGUGGUACACUCACACCCCUGAACUGAGUGACUGCUUCCAGCACACGGUCCUGGUGUGGGCGCCUUGUGUCUACCUGUGGGUCUGCACCCCCUUCUACUGUCUGCACCUGUAUUGCAAUGGCCAGAGCCGGCUACCUCUCUCACCGCUGUGCAGCGCCAAGCUGCUGCUGGGGUUCUUCCUGGCAUCUUUUGGCUUCGUGGAAUUCUUCUACAUCCUGCUGGAGAGGAACCAGGAGCUUCACCGCCACCUCGUCUUCCUCCUGAGUCCCGUCAUACGCAGCCUGACAGUGGUGUUAGCCAUGGGCCUCAUCCAGUGGGAGCGAGCGCGGGGCUGUCGCUCGUCCGUCGUGCUAUUCCUCUACUGGCUGCUGGGCGUGCUGUGCUCCCUCGUGCCCCUCCGGGCCAACAUCCAGCUGGCAGUCGAACAGCGUCUCUCCCCAGACAUCGUCCAUCACUUGGCUUAUUUCUCCUGCUUCGCCCUCCAGCUGGCUCAAGUCUUCCUCAGCUGCUUUGCGGACCAGGCACCUCCCGGGAAAAGCGUCCCCAAGAAUGCGUGCCCAGUUCAGGAUGCAUCAUUUCUGUCAAAAAUCCUCUUCUGGUGGUUUAGUGGGUUGGUCAUUAAAGGAUACCGCACACCACUGCAGGCUGAAGACCUGUGGAGCCUACGUGAGGAAGACUCUUCAGAGAAGAUCCUCUCAGACCUGGAAGAGGAAUGGACAUCAGCACGAACCAAACUACAGCAGGAGGUGCAGCACCUGGGCACCGGCGGAGCCCUGGGGUCCCAUCUGCCUGAGCAGGCCCAGCUCCUGAGGAAAUUGCAGAAGGAGCAGAGCUCAGGCUUCUGUCUUUUGAGGACCCUAGCGCGGAACUUCGGGCCCUACUUCCUGUCGGGGACGCUGUGUCUUGUGGUCCACGAUGCCUUCAUGUUCUCUAUCCCACAGGUUCUCAGUCUGCUGUUAGGCUUUAUAAGAGAAGACGAUGCUCCGCUGUGGAAGGGAUAUUUCUACGCUUCACUCUUGUUCCUCUUCUCCUGCCUGCAGUCUGUGUUCAACCACCAGUACAUGUACAGCUGCUUCUCCGUGGGCAUGCGGGUCAAGACAGCCGUCAUGGGGCUCGUCUACAGGAAGUCUCUGGUGCUCACCAGCGCAGCACGCAGGACGUGCACUGUGGGAGAGAUCGUGAACCUGGUCUCGGCCGACACGCAGAAGCUCAUGGACUUCGUGGUGUACUUCAACGCUGUGUGGCUCGCUCCCAUUGAGGUCGCCCUCUGCCUCUUCUUCCUCUGGCAGCUCCUGGGCCCCUCUGCCCUAGCCGGCAUCACCACGGUGAUUCUUAUCUUCCCGUUAAAUGGAUUCAUCGCCAAGAAGAGAAGCAAACUACAGGAGAUCCAGAUGAAGUACAUGGACGGGCGAAUCAAGUUGAUGAACGAGAUCCUGAACGGCAUUAAGAUCCUGAAGUUCUACGCCUGGGAGAAAGCGUUCCUUGAGCAGGUGCUGGGCUACCGGGAAAAAGAGCUCCGAGCUCUGAAGAAAUCCCAAAUCCUGUACUCCAUCUCCAUCGCCUCCUUCAACUCCUCCUCCUUCCUGAUCGCCUUCUCUAUGUUCGGGGUGUACGUGCUCAUCGACGACAGGAACGUGCUGGAUGCGCAGAAGGUCUUUGUGUCGAUGGCGCUCAUCAACAUCUUGAAGACCCCACUGAGCCAGCUUCCCUUUGCCAUGAGCACUACGAUGCAGGCUGUUGUCUCGUUGAAGCGAUUGGGGAAGUUCCUGUGUCAGGAAGAGCUGAAGCCGGACAGUGUGUCCAGGGAUCCAUUGAAACUGGAGGAAGACAGUGUGGUGAUCGACAACGGGACCUUCAGCUGGUCUAAAGAUGGCCCUCCUUGUCUUAAAAGGAUCAGUGUAAGAAUUCCUCGUGGCACGCUGGUUGCGGUGGUCGGCCAUGUUGGGAGUGGCAAAUCCUCACUGCUCUCAGCUAUCCUCGGAGAGACUGAGAGGAGGAGUGGCAGUGUUGCCAUAAAGGGCUCAGUGGCUUACGUUCCCCAGCAGGCGUGGAUCCAGAAUGCCACGGUGCAGGACAACGUCCUGUUCGGGUGGGACAGGAAGAAGAGCUGGUACCAUCGUGUUCUGGAGGCCUGCGCGCUGCUGCCUGAUCUAGACAUCCUGCCAGCAGGGGACGCCACUGAGAUCGGCGAGAAGGGUUUGAACCUGUCCGGGGGGCAGAAGCAGAGAGUCAGCCUGGCCCGCGCCGUGUACAGGAAAGCUGAUCUCUACCUGCUGGAUGACCCUCUGUCCGCCGUGGACGCCCACGUGGGUCAGCACAUCUUCGAAAAAGUCAUCGGGCCAAAGGGCAUGUUGAGAGACAAGACGCGUGUCAUGGCAACCCACGGGAUGAGCUUCCUGUACCACGCUGACCUCAUCCUGGUCCUGGGGGACGGUGAGGUCACCGAGAGCGGCUCGUACCAGGAGCUCAUGAGCCGCGACGGGGCCUUCGCCGACUUCGUCCGCACGUUUGCCGGUUCUGAGAGGAAGGAGUGUUCUAUACCCAGAGGCUCCAGGAAGUCCUGCUCGAGGCUCAGCAUGACCGACUUCAUGCCCUCCUCUCGAGACCUGUCUCAGGAGCAGCUCAUCGGCGGCGAUAGGAACAGCGUCAGCAUGCCAGAACAUGAGCCAGACAUCGAGCAGGAGCAGAUCCCGGAGGAGCUGGGAAAGCUCACGGAGGCAGAUAAAGCUCGGAUAGGCAGGGUGAAACUGGAGCUGUACGUGGAGUAUUUCCGCACCAUAGGCCUGGCCUUCAUCGUGCCCAUCCUCUUCCUCUACGCCUUCCAGCAGGCCGCCUCCCUGGCCUACAGCUAUUGGCUCAGCCUGUGGGCCGACGAACCGGUCGUCAACGGCACCCAGCUCAACACCGACAUGAAGUUGGGGGUGUACGGGGCUCUUGGCUUCGCGCAAGGCAUAGCCAUCUUUGGCACCACGGUGGCCAUCUCCAUCGGGGGCAUCAUGGCUUCACGCCAGCUCCACCUGGAGCUCCUGAGGAACGUGCUCCGCUCACCCAUGUCGUUCUUCGAGGCCACGCCCAGUGGCAACCUGCUCAACCGCUUCGCCAAGGAGAUCGACGCCAUCGACUGCAUGAUCCCAGACGGCCUGAAGAUGGCACUAGGCUACGUCUUCAAGCUGAUGGAGGUGUGCGUCAUCGUGCUGCUGGCCACGCCCUUCGCUGCCGUCAUCAUGCUUCCCCUGGCGUUGCUCUACGCCUUCGUGCAGAGCUUCUACGUGGCCACGUCCUGCCAGCUGCGUCGGCUGGAGUCUGUGAGCCGCUCGCCCAUCUACACCCACUUCAACGAGACGGUGCAGGGCGCCAGCGUGAUCCGGGCCUUCGGCGAGCAGCGCCGCUUCGUGCUGGAGGCCGAUCGGAGGGUGGACCACAACCAGUCCUCCUACUUCCCCCGCUUCGUAGCCACCAGGUGGUUGGCGGUGAACCUGGAGUUCCUGGGUAACGGCAUCGUUCUCUCUGCUGCCGUCCUUUCCGUCAUGGGGAAAGACACGCUGAGCCCUGGGAUCGUCGGCCUGGCCGUCUCCCACUCCCUACAGGUGACAGGAAUCCUGAGCUGGAUCGUGAGGUCAUGGACCGACGUGGAAAACAACAUCGUGUCAGUGGAGCGGGUGAAGGAGUAUGCGGACACACCCAAAGAGGCUGAGUGGGCUUUGGAAGACAGCUCACUCUCCCCUUCCUGGCCUCAGGCAGGCACCAUCGAGUUCCGAGACUACGGCCUGCAGUACCGGAAAGGCCUGGAGUUGGCUCUGAAAGGGAUCUCCCUACAUGUUCACGAACGGGAGAAGAUCGGGAUUGUUGGGAGGACUGGCGCAGGAAAGUCCUCCCUGGCUCUCGGGAUCUUCCGGAUCUUGGAAGCAGCAAAAGGAGAGAUUUAUAUAGACGGCAUCAACAUCGCCGAGCUCGGCCUCCAUGAUCUGAGGUCCCGUAUCACCAUCAUUCCACAGGAUCCGGUGCUGUUUUCCGGAUCACUCCGUAUGAACCUGGACCCUUUUGACGCCUACUCCGACGAGGAGGUGUGGAAAGCCUUAGAACUCGCUCACCUGAAAAACUUCGUUUCCGGACUGCCGGACAAACUCAACUACGAGUGCUCAGAAGGAGGAGAAAACCUCAGCCUCGGGCAGAGGCAGCUGGUAUGCCUGGCGAGGGCCCUCCUCCGCAAGACCCGGAUCCUGGUCCUGGACGAGGCCACGGCGGCCGUGGACCUGGAGACGGACGCGCUGAUCCAGUCCACCAUUCGCAGCCAGUUCGAGGACUGUGCUGUCCUCACCAUCGCCCAUCGUCUCAACACCGUCAUGGACUACACCAAGGUUAUCGUAAUGGACAAAGGGCACAUAGUGGAGAUGGACUCCCCGUCUAACCUUAUUGCACAGAGCGGCCAAUUUUACCGCAUGUGCAGAGAGGCUGGGUUGGUGUAAGCCCGUGAGCGCCGAACCUCACCAUCCUGCAACGUUAGUCCGCUGGCGCCCCCUUGUGGCGGACUCUGAGGAUCAGGCACGUCGAAAGGGAAGCUUUGUUGGCCCAGCAUAAAAACACAGAGAAAAGCUUAAAAAAAAACCAAACAUUUUUUUAAAGUUGGUGCUUCCUUUAUGAAGAUGGUGCUUGAUGGGUGCAUCCCAUUUCCAGCGAUUUCCAGAUGUUCUGUUCCAAGCAUGUUUUCCAACGGUUGAGGCGCAUAUUUACUGAGGCUCAGCUGAAAACAUUAUUUACUCAGGUCGACUGCCCUCUUCAAGGGUUCUGUAACUGUAUGCGUCACUUUGAACAGGAGAAGGCUUUUCCGUUCCUCAGCGUCUCAUACCCUGCAGGCAGACUGCGUGGGACUCGA